GGGGUUUGUGGGGGGGGGUCAGAGCCGGCAGCGGCCGUUGGGGUUUGCGGGGGGGCUGGUCAGAGCCGGCAGCUGCGGCCGGGGGCGCUGAGUUCCCGCCCGCGUGAGGGCUCAGCCCCCCCCGCCUCCCCCGGGCAUGAGCGCGCGCCCCGCCCGCCGCGGGUCACGGCACCGGGCCGGCCGCCCCCCCCCCCCCCCGCCGGGCCGCUCUCUGGGGCGCUCGGGGCCGCCAUGUCGGGCGCCCACCCGUCGCGGACGAAGGGGUCGGUCCGGGCCGAGUCCCUGGUGCCCGCCCUGAUCCCGCGCAGCAACCUGCUCGGCGCCCUGGAGGAGAAGCGGCGGCUGCAGCUCAAGAAGUUCCUGCUGCACAGGUUAUUUUUUGUUGCCAAGCUAUCAGAAAGAGCAGACAGGCGAGAGGUUACAGGUUACCAUGAAAGACUGUUUCAGAACAUAUUAAAAUACCACCUUGGAGAACCAGUCUCAGGUCUACUUCUCCUCUAUCCCAGCUCCAUUCUUCAUAUACUAGAGUCCUCCAGCGGCACAUUAUAUCAUAUCCUCCAAGCUCUAGCUUCUCUCCAGAAGCAAGGCUCCAGUGCUUUGUUACAGGAAAUUAAGAUUUUAGUGGUGUCACAUAACAUCCCAACCAGGCUCUUCCUGCAGUGGUAUGUCACAAUGGUGAUACUGCCUGUGACAUACCUGGAAGAUGUGACACAAUCAGAGUCUACAGAAGAGGUGGUCACUGAAUGUCUUACACUCCUCCUCAAACUGGGAACAUACCUUUCAAAGACUUUUAAGGUGAGCAGUAAGGGACUUGGUGACAAUCUACACACCCUUGUUCCAGAACUUCUAAUCCCAGCAGAAACAAUUAACUACUUGUGCAAGGCAAAAGAAUUUAUGAGUCCAGAAGCAUUUCUGAAAAUGUAUAACAAUCCUUUACAGCCUGCCAUGGCUUCAGGUGGCACUGGAGUCCCGAAGGUCCUACGCUGAUAGCUCUUUGCAGAACGCUUAACCGGGUCCUUACCACAUGAAGUCAUAAGAUCCCAUGGCCCUUUUUGUAAUAGGAUUCCAGUUUACAUAACUUUCAGCUUACUUAAAUUCACUGUGUAGAUUCAACCAGUCAGAUAUGCAUUUCCUUCUCUAAUUUUUGUACUAUGGUGUUGUGUGAAGAAAACAUAAAAGCAUGUACCAUCCAUAAAGUGGCUGAAUUUCA